AGAGAUCUUACUAGAGUACCUCUUUAUGAUUUCAUUGAUAGACGUAUAGACCAAGCUCAGCAUUGUGGAUACCAUCGGUGAAGUAUUGCUUUUCUCGUUGUGAUUGUAAUAUACCGGGGUUCGAUGGAGGAUGGCUCAAAAUUAAUGAGAUUGGUAUAAUCUAACGUAUAUGAAAUGCAACAUCCCCGGCAACAUCUUUGAUAUGAGUGGAUUGAAAUCAGCUCUACAAUCUCAUGUUGUCAGAGCAAUAAGGUGUCGUCUUCUUCAGCUCAAAUCCUUCUAUAUGAUGGAAGACGUCUAAGAAGUGACAUGACUCAAUGACAUUUCCUUCAAUAAUUUUAAUCACUGCCCAGGAAUUAGCAUGUUGGGGAAAUUAUUUUAACAUGAUUACAUCUUAUUCAUGAUGUCUCGUUUACAAACCACGGAUGCAAGGCACGAUAAAUUUCGAAAGAAAGGGCUUGAUUUUGAUAAACUAUGCAUUGAUGACACUAUUGACGAAGGCUACUCAUCCGGGAACCCUCCACCAUUUACAACUCAAUAUCCAAAGUUAGAUGUCAGUUCAGAUGCAGCACCAUCGAAGAUGAGUAAAAAGAAAGUUAUAAACAAUUGGACACCUAAAACGGAGAAUCAAAAUACUGAUUCUCAAGUGAUAGAAGGAAACCAUUCGAGUGCGACAGAAGAAACUGUUACCCGGCCAAAAAUGCUCCCUAGGACUGAAAGUCGGACUUUUGUGUUUAUCUACGACGAAGAAGAGAAAAAAAGCAAGGCUGUUGCAGCUCCAGAUAACCUGAAGGUAGAUGUUCCUGUUUUGUUACAGUAUAAUCUAACAGAGGAAGCCAUUGAAAAGUGCCUUGAAAAACCACAAUUAGGGGAGAGCCCAACAGAAGAAAGUAUUGAUGAGACGGAUAACAACAGCAAUAUUCCUGCGGUUACAUCAGACAACAAGGUCUUUGCUUUGGGAGGGAAAUACACUUCACCUACAGAAAGUCUAUUAAGAAAUAGAGAGAGGGAUGAACUGAAGAACAAGGGUAUGCAUGUGGUUAAGUGGUUAGUGAAUCUAGAUCAUACUAAUGAAAAACCACUUACAGACUCAUGAAAUCAGAUCACAUGAUGAACUUGACUUAGUUCCCAUCUUCUUUCUUCAAAGCUUCCUAAUUGUGUUUGUUUUGUCGAGUGUUGUGCUAUAUAUCGAAUCUGUCGUUACCCCCGUGUUUAAGGUGUAAA